UGGCCAACAUAUUUUUCUGAAAUGACUGAUUUUGAAAAUUAAUAAAUUAAUUAUUGAAGUCAUAAUUUGAUGAAAUUUUAUUCGAAGAAUAGGAAUUUUAAAAAUUUGACCAACAUUUUAAUGAAUGAAAUAAAUCUCAACCCAUUUCGUAUUGAUUUCACUUUAGUAUUCGAAUAUUAAUAUCACAAUAAUCGCAACAAACUGUUUACGUACAAUAACGUGAACGAAAAAAAAUGGCUUUUGAAAUAAUUUCAAUGUAACGAAAAUAAUGAUAAUUUGCUCUUGACGAAUAAUCAACAACAAAUUGACAAAAAGAAUAGAGUUUUAAUGUCAAAUUCUCACUAUAUGUGGACUAAUUGGUUAAGCUGAUGACCAAAUAUUUGAUUUCGUAUUCGUAUCGUUUAUCACCGUCAACUGUACAUUUAUUGCGAAGGAACCGUGGAUUUCAAUCCUGCGAGCUAUCGUGAUUGGAAUCCGGGUCUGUAGCGAGGAUGGACAGGUAUAUCGGAAACCCUGGGCCGCCGCCCUACCGUCGAGACGAUCCUCAAAUGAUGUUCUACAGCCACAGAUACGAAGAUCCACGAUCUCCGGGUGCCUGGAGUCAUCAGUAUGACAGAUACGGUAGUUGGUCAGCUCAUCAUGCAACAGAUCGUUACCGUCCGCCACCGCAGGAAGAGCUACGUGCAGCGCGUUCAUAUCGAAAAUCACCGUCGCCUUUGCCACAUCGCGCAUAUACUCCCGUUAGCGUUAAAAAAUCUCACACUCAUCGACGAAAAUCACGUUCACCUCGAUACUCACCAGCGCCUCCUCCAUCUCGAUCGCCCGAAUGGUUGCCGCCGACUAGAAGGGUUUCUCGUUCACCUGUGUAUAGAUCUCGAUCUCCGAUUCCACGUGCCUUUACACCACCGCCGAUUUACCGAGGAAGGUCCAGAUCACCGGUUAGUCAUCGUAAACCUAGAUUAUCACCCGAACGAGUGAAACUGUCACCUAAAAGGCACGUCUCGAGGAAGAAAUCCAGAUCGGUGUCGUACGAUAAAGCCCCCGUUGUUAAUAAGAAACACGCCAAGAGAGCGUCCCCGGUUCCAUCGGAUUCGUCCAAUUCGUCCGAAGACAUUCAGGCCGAUGAAUCGAACAGUCGACAUUCGUACUCGAGUAAAGUUUCUAGUAAAUCUGAUAAGAAAAGGCAUACGAUUAAAAUGAAGAAAUCGCUGAAAAGGCCACAUUCUAAAUCGCAUAAAAAGAAAAAGAAGAAGAAGAAAGUACGAUCUGUGUCUUCAUCUCCGGUACAAGCAAACUCUCCUCAGACGCCACCAACGCCACCUCCUACGGCAUCCUCGAGUAGUAAAAAAUCACGUACUGUAUCGUCGUCGCAUAUUAACGAUACCAGUCUGUUCGCCAAACUGGUACGUGGAAAAUAUUCCAAAUCCAAGAAAGAAGAGGAGGAAGACAUGAACGGUGUCGCCAAAGUGGACAAAAACGACGAAGAUUCCCUCAUUCAACAAGAUACAGAUUCGAAAGAUUCCGAUAAACUCGUUUCAUCGAACGCUGAAAACGCGACGGAUUCGGUAGAUGGCGUUAUAUCAUCGUCGCACAACAGUCAUCCACCGCCAGCGCCAUUGUCAGCGACACAAACACCAGUCCACGCAGCUCAAUCGUCAUCGUCAACCGCAGCGACAUCUGCGACACUUACGACGACCACGGCCGCCGCUCCGACGCCUAACAACGUCGAUAAAUUGCCCAACGCGAACGCACCUAAGCUAUCGAAUUACCUACAAGGUAAAGGAAUGUCACAAUCCUAUAUGAAUAACGUUGCGCACCAUCCGUUGAACACAUUGUUGGCGGAAUUCCUCAAGCAAAACGGUCCCAUGCCCGGCGUCAUUGAAGAAGUAGACUUAACCAAAGAAGAUGCCGAUAGGCGUAAACGAGCUUCACAAAAGAGCACCUCGGCGAUAGACGUCGAUCACAAACACGGUGCUGAAAGGCAGCCUCAUACGAAAAUAAGUAACUUACCUAUGCCACCGAUGCCGUUCGCGUCGCAGACUCUACCUCUUAUGCCAGCCGUUCAUCCGAUGCAUCCGGAUAAACUGAACGAUAAACGAGCUGUCAAGAAAGCUCCUCAACUAGAUAAAAGUUCGAGGAAACCUCCAUCGCCCAGACCAAAACCUCAUCCGGUGCCUUCGACUAGUCGUGGAACAAAGAGCCUAAUGUCACUGCCAUUACCUCAGACGUCAAACGAUGGCGAUGACUUUAUCAGCUAUUCACCCACCAGUCCAAUUACGCCGCCUCCUAAAACGGCUAAAAAAGGCAUCAUGGAUUUACCCUUACCUCCUGGAUCUUUGAACCAUUCAAAUAAUACAUUCGACGAAGAUAGUAACUUAUCUCGAAAUAAACACGCGAAAGGCCAAAGUAAAGGUUCCGGUAAGCUACACGGAAGACCAAUUGUGCUGGAUAAACGCUCUUUACAACAUAGAAAGAAUUUAACCCAUUGGUGCCAAAGGACGGUCGAAGCUUUCGAAAUAUUAGACCUGAUCGGCGAAGGAACCUACGGAACGGUGUACAAAGCUAAAGAUUUAUCGAAAAAUACGGUGGUAGCGCUGAAAAAAAUCAGACAAGAGAAUGAAAAAGAAGGCUUCCCUAUUACAGCAAUUCGAGAGAUGAAAAUUCUAAUACAGUUAAAUCAUAAAAAUAUAGUCAAUUUACAAGAAAUUGUUACUGAUAAGAGGGACGUGAUGGAUUUUAAAAAGGACGAAGGACAAUUCUUCUUCGUGUUCGAAUAUUUCAAUCACGACCUGAUGGGAUUACUGGAAUCAAAUAUAGUCACUUUCAACGAAUUUCACAACGCUAGUAUCAUGAAACAGUUGUUAGAAGGGUUGAACUAUUGUCAUAAGAAACACUUUCUGCAUCGAGAUAUCAAAUGCAGUAAUAUACUAAUGAAUAAUAAAGGACAGGUGAAGCUGGCGGAUUUCGGAUUAUCGAGAUUUUAUUCGUCCGGUGAAGCUAAACGUCCUUAUACUAACAGAGUGAUAACAUUGUGGUACAGACCACCGGAACUGUUACUCGGUGAAGAAGAAUACGGUCCGGCGGUAGAUGUUUGGUCAUGUGGCUGUAUUUUAGGAGAGAUAUUCACCAAGAAACCCAUGUUUCCUGGAAGCUCCGAAAUCAUGCAACUAGAUUUGAUAUCAAGGCUGUGUGGAUCUCCUGUACCGUCAUCGUGGCCGGCUGUGAUUAAUUUACCGCUUUGGGGUACGUUAAGACCGAAGAAAGUCUACAGACGUAAAUUACGCGAAGAGUAUUCGUCGUUACCAGCACCAGCGUUAGACUUACUCGAUAAAAUGUUGGAGCUCGAUCCGGAGAAACGGAUUAGCGCCGAUGAAGCGUUGAAAUCAGCCUGGUUACGUGAUGUUGUACCGGAAAAAAUGCCCGUUCCAAAUCUACCGACUUGGCAAGAAUGCCACGAAUUAUGGAGCAAACGACGCCGACGUCAGCAUAAAUCGGAGCAUCCGCAAGGUUCGGAGAACGCGUCGUCGUCGCAUUCGAAUCAACCACCGAACAUGGCUUCGCAAUCUUCGCAGUCAGGAAUGAGUUCUGCACCUUCUUCUGCUCAUCCCAAGUAUCAGUGAGAUUCGCUCUUUAUUUUUGUUGUUUCGUUCAACUGCAAGAGAGUUGUAGGAAUUCUUCACUUUGAUGUGUAUCUAAGGGCGUAAAAACUUAACGGAUUGGUGAUUCGUUUCUGUCUCGAUAGAGGGUUUUUAUACGUUAGACUACAAAAUUCUAAAAGAGAAUCGAUCGAAUAUAGUGAUCGAUUUACUUUUUAAAAAAUGUGAUUACUGAGUAACGAUGAUAGUUUUUUAUUUUCCUUAAGUCGAGAGGAAUAGUCUUCUUGUUGUACGAUUGCGUCGAAUUCGAAUACACGUUGUGAUGCCGAGAUGCAUUAUGUUGUUUGAUAGCAUAGAGUAUAAAACACGCGUAUAAGGGUAAUUUACCGUAAAUUUUAAUUUUUUUCUUUCUCUUUCUUUCGAAUCGCGUCGUCGCACGUCGCGUCGUGUCGAGUCGCGAACAGACGUGGUACAUUUUUAUCGUAAGGACUGAUUUUUUUUCUUUGUUUGUUUUAAUUUUUAAGUUUUACCUUGUACACUUUAAAUAACGUAUUUAUAUUGGAUUUAUUCGUACGCGGAAAAAUAUUUAUGUAUAAUUUUGUAAAUGAUGUAAAUAUUAUUAAUUGUUACGUCAAUAAAUGUAUUCCAUUGUC